AUGCAGCAUCCUCUGACGGGGGCCACCUGCGUGGCACUCCCCAACGUGGGCAUGUGUCCCCAGCUCUCGUGUGCCUUGACUUUUAUGUACUUACAGCAGGGUAAUCAGGAAGCAGCAGCCGCCCCUGACACAAUGGCUCAGCCUUAUGCCUCAGCUCAGUUUGCUCCACCUCAAAAUGGCAUCCCUGCAGAAUACACGGCCCCUCAUCCCCAUCCUGCACCAGAGUAUACCGGCCAGACCACCGUCCCCGACCACACAUUAAACCUGUAUCCUCCUACACAGACGCACUCCGAGCAGAACGCUGAUACAAGUGCGCAGACUGUCUCCGGCACCGCCACACAGACAGAUGAUGCAGCACCGACUGAUGGCCAGCCCCAGACACAACCUUCUGAAAACACAGAAAACAAGUCCCAGCCUAAGCGACUGCACGUGUCCAACAUCCCCUUCCGGUUCCGGGAUCCGGACCUCCGACAAAUGUUUGGUCAAUUUGGUAAAAUACUAGAUGUUGAAAUUAUUUUUAAUGAGCGAGGCUCGAAGGGAUUUGGUUUCGUAACUUUCGAAAAUAGUGCGGAUGCGGACAGGGCGAGGGAGAAAUUGCACGGUACCGUGGUAGAGGGCCGUAAAAUCGAGGUUAAUAACGCAACAGCACGUGUAAUGACUAAUAAAAAGACUGUCAACCCUUACACCAAUGGCUGGAAAUUAAAUCCAGUUGUGGGCGCCGUCUACAGCCCCGACUUCUAUGCAGGCACGGUGCUGUUGUGCCAGGCCAACCAGGAGGGAUCUUCCAUGUACAGUGGCCCCAGUUCACUUGUAUAUACUUCCGCAAUGCCUGGCUUCCCAUAUCCAGCCGCCACUGCUGCAGCUGCUUACCGAGGGGCCCACCUGAGAGGCCGUGGCCGCACCGUGUACAACACCUUCAGGGCUGCAGCGCCCCCACCCCCAAUCCCGGCCUAUGGCGGUGUUGUUUACCAGGAUGGAUUUUAUGGUGCAGACAUUUAUGGUGGUUAUGCUGCAUACCGCUACGCCCAGCCCACCCCUGCCACUGCUGCUGCCUACAGUGACAGUUACGGACGAGUUUAUGCUGCCGACCCCUACCACCACACACUUGCUCCAGCCCCCACCUACGGCGUUGGUGCCAUGAAUGCUUUUGCGCCCUUGACUGAUGCCAAGACUAGGAGCCAUGCUGAUGAUGUGGGUCUCGUUCUUUCUUCAUUGCAGGCUAGUAUAUACCGAGGGGGAUACAACCGUUUUGCUCCAUAUUAAAUGACAAAAUCAUUAACAAACAAAUACAAAAACAAACAAACAAACAAACAAAAUCAACCUUCCAAUGUGGGGAGAGAGAAAACUUUCCGAGGCCUGAGUGUUUCAACACAUGCAGUAGGACAUCAUUUUAGCAACUCAAAGAAAACAACUAAAAAUAAAAAAGAGGAAAAAAUAACAUUUUUUAUCUUAUACCUCA